CCGCAUCGCAUCAUCGGCAGCACUGACACAUCACUAUUGGGUGCGCCAGCAACCAGACACCCCGUUUCUUUGUUCACUGUCCAGUCUACGACCGAUUGUUGUUCACACUCUCGGAAAAUGUCCGACAGCGGCGGAGGGGACGAUAGCUCUGGCACCAUGGAGGUGUCUGCAGCCGUGCAGACGGUUGCCGAUACUUCUGUGUUGCAGAAGCAUAUUCGUAAACUUGUCCCUUUGCUCCUGGAAGAUGGCGGCGAGGCUCCGGCCUCCCUGGAAACCGCCCUGGAGGAGAAGAGCUCUGUGGAGCAGAUGAGAAAAUUCCUCUCAGAUCCUCAAAUUCAGACCAUUCUAGUUGAGAGAAGCACACUUAAAGAGGAUGUGGGGGAUGAAGGUGAGGAGGAGAAGGAGUGCAUCUCCUACAACAUAAACAUCGACAUCCACUAUGGCCUUAAGUCCAACAGCCUGGCCUUCAUCAAGCGGACGGGGGUGAUUGAUGCUGACAAGCCCAUCUCCACCCAGGUGCGCGUGCUGACCCUGAGUGAAGACUCUCCCUACGAGACCUUACAUUCCUUCAUCAGCAAUGCUGUCGCACCCUUCUUCAAGUCCUACAUUCGUGAGUCUGGCAAGGCCGACAGGGAUGGGGACAAGAUGGCUCCCUCGGUGGAAAAGAAGAUUGCGGAGCUGGAGAUGGGUCUCCUUCACCUGCAGCAGAACAUUGAGAUCCCAGAGAUCAGUCUUCUGAUCCACCCCAUCAUUACCAACAUCGCCAAGCAGAGCUACGAGCGUGGAGACAAACCCAAGGUCCAAGACUUUGGCGACAAGGUGGAGGACCCCACCUUCCUGAACCAGCUGCAGUCUGGCGUUAACCGCUGGAUUAGGGAGAUCCAGAAGGUGACUAAGCUGGACCGUGACCCUGCCUCAGGCACCGCCCUGCAGGAGAUCAGCUUCUGGCUGAACUUGGAGCGUGCUCUGAACCGCAUCCAGGAGAAGAGGGAGAGCCCGGAGGUUCUGCUGACCCUAGAUAUCCUCAAGCACGGCAAACGCUUCCACGCCACCGUCAGCUUCGACACUGACACUGGUCUGAAGCAAGCAGUGGAGACUGUCAAUGACUACAACCCCUUGAUGAAGGACUUUCCCCUCAAUGACCUGCUCUCUGCUACCGAACUGGACAAGAUCCGCCAGGCGCUGGUGGCCAUCUUUACCCACCUGAGGAAGAUCCGUAAUACUAAGUACCCCAUCCAGAGGGCGCUGCGUCUGGUUGAGGCCAUAUCCAGGGACCUCAGCUCUCAGCUGCUCAAGGUUCUGGGGACCAGGAAACUCAUGCAUGUGGCCUACGAGGAAUUUGAGAAGGUGAUGGUAGCGUGCUUCGAGGUGUUCCAGACCUGGGAGGAUGAGUACGAGAAGCUGCAGGUGCUGCUGAGGGACAUUGUCAAGAGGAAGAGGGAGGAGAACCUGAAAAUGGUCUGGCGCCUCAGCCCCGCCCACAGGAAGCUGCAGGCGCGCCUGGAUCACAUGAGGCGUUUCCGCAGGCAGCAUGAGCAGCUGAGAGCCGUCAUCGUGCGCGUGCUCCGCCCCCAGGUGUCGGCUGUGCCCCAGCACACCCCCGGAGAGCCUGUUGAAACUCCAGACUUGAAGGUCACGGAGGUCCUCUUUGACGCAGCAGACGCCAAUGCCAUUGAAGAGGUGAACCUGGCGUACGAGAACGUGAAGGAGGUGGACGGCCUGGACGUGUCCAAGGAGGGAGUGGAGGCCUGGGAGGCCGCCAUGAAGCGCUACGACGAGCGCAUCGACCGCGUGGAGACCCGCAUCACCGCCCGUCUGCGCGACCAGCUGGGCACGGCCAAGAACGCCAACGAGAUGUUCCGCAUUUUCUCCCGCUUCAACGCGCUGUUCGUCCGUCCGCACAUCCGGGGCGCCAUCCGCGAGUACCAAACUCAGCUGAUCCAGCGCGUCAAGGACGACAUCGAGUCGCUCCAUGACAAGUUCAAGGUCCAGUACCCCCAGAGCCAGUCCUGUAAGAUGAGCCACGUCCGCGACUUGCCGCCCGUGUCCGGCUCCAUCAUCUGGGCCAAGCAGAUCGACCGCCAGCUGACUGCCUACAUGAAGCGUGUGGAGGACGUGCUGGGGAAAGGCUGGGAGAACCACGUGGAGGGCCUGAAACUGAAGCAGGAUGGAGACAGCUUCAGAGCCAAGCUCAACACCCAGGAGAUCUUCGACGACUGGGCCCGCAAGGUGCAGCAGCGCAACCUGGGGGUGUCGGGACGCAUCUUCACCAUCGAGAGCAGCCGGGCCCGCGGCCGCACCGGAAACAUGCUCAAGUUGAAGGUCAACUUCCUGCCGGAGAUCAUCACGCUGUCGAAGGAAGUGCGGAACCUGAAGUGGCUGAGCUUCCGUGUGCCCCUCGCCAUCGUCAACAAGGCCCACCAGGCCAACCAGCUCUACCCCUUUGCCAUCUCUCUCAUAGAGAGCGUGCGCACGUACGAGCGCACUUGCGAGAAGGUCGAGGAGCGCAUCUCCAUCUCUCUGCUGGUGGCCGGGCUGAAGAAGGAGGUCCAGGCGCUGGUUACCGAAGGCAUCGCUCUGGUCUGGGAGUCCUACAAGCUGGACCCCUAUGUCCAGAGGCUGGCGGAGACCGUCUUCAACUUCCAGGAGAAGGUGGAUGACCUUCUGUUGAUUGAGGAGAAGAUUGACCUUGAAGUCCGAUCUCUGGACACUUGCAUGUAUGAGCACAAGACCUUCUCAGAGAUUCUGAACCGCGUCCAGAAGGCCGUGGAUGACCUCAAUCUUCACUCGUAUUCCAAUCUGCCCAUCUGGGUCAACAAGUUGGACAUUGAGAUCGAGCGUAUCCUGGGAGUGCGUCUGCAGGCAGGUCUGAGGGCGUGGACGCAGGUGCUGCGGGGCCAGAUGGAGGACAAGGCUGAUGUGGACAUGGACACCGAGGCUCCGCAAGUCAGCCACAAGCCCGGGGGAGAGCCUAAGAUCAAGAACGUGGUCCAUGAGCUGCGCAUCACCAACCAGGUGAUCUACCUGAACCCUCCCAUCGAGGACUGUCGCUACAAGCUCUACCAGGAGAUGUUCGCCUGGAAGAUGGUGAUCCUGUCUCUGCCUCGCAUCCAGAGCCAGAGAUACCAGGUGGGCGUCCACUACGAGUUGUCUGAGGAGGAGAGGUUCUACAGGAACGCUCUGACCAGGAUGCCUGAUGGUCCGGCUGCUCUGGAGGAGGCGUAUAACUCCGUCAAAGACAACGUCAACGAGGUGGAGCAGUAUGUCAAGGUGUGGCUGCAGUACCAGUGCCUGUGGGACAUGCAGGCUGAGAACAUCUACAACCGCCUGGGAGAGGACCUGACCAAGUGGCAGGCUCUGCUGGUGCAGAUCCGCAAGGCCCGUGGGACCUUCGACAACGCUGAGACUCGCAAGGAGUUUGGCCCUGUAGUCAUUGACUACGGCAAGGUCCAGUCCAAGGUGAACUUGAAGUACGACUCAUGGCACAAGGAAGUCCUCAGCCGUUUUGGUCAGAUGCUGGGACAGAACAUGCAGGACUUCCACUCACAGAUCUCCAAGUCCCGUCAAGAGCUGGAGCAGCACUCUGUGGACACGGCCAGCACCUCAGACGCUGUCACCUUCAUCACCUACGUCCAGACUCUCAAACGCAAGAUCAAGCAGUUUGAGAAGAAUGUGGACCUGUUCCGUAACGGCCAACGCCUGCUGGAGAAGCAGCGCUUCCAGUUCCCGCCGUCCUGGCUCUACAUUGACAACAUUGAGGGCGAAUGGGGCGCCUUCAGUGACAUCAUGAAGAGGAAGGACACUGCGAUCCAGCAGCAGGUCGCCAACCUGCAGAUGAAGAUCGUCCAGGAAGACCGCGCUGUUGAGAAUCGCACCACCGAUCUGCUCACCGACUGGGAGAAGACCAAACCAGUCGCUGGGAGUCUGCGUCCAGAGGAGGCCCUCCAGUCCCUGACGAUCUACGAGGGGAAGUUUGGUCGUCUGAAGGAUGACCGGGAGAAGUGUGCCCGCGCCAAGGAGGCCCUGGAGCUCACGGACACCGGUCUGCUCAGUGGCAGCGAGGAGAGGGUGCAGGUGGCGCUAGAGGAACUGCAGGACCUGAAGGGGGUGUGGUCUGAGCUGUCGAAGGUGUGGGAGCAGAUCGACCAGAUGAAGGAGCAGACCUGGGUGUCUGUCCAGCCUCGCAAGCUGCGUCAGAGUCUGGAUGGCCUGCUGAACCAGCUGAAGAACUUCCCAGCCAGGCUGAGGCAGUACGCCUCCUACGAGUACGUCCAGAGGCUGCUCAAGGGAUACAUGAAGAUCAACAUGCUGGUGAUCGAGCUGAAGUCCGAGGCCCUGAAGGACCGUCACUGGAAGCAGCUGAUGAAGCGUCUGCACGUGAACUGGGUGCUCUCCGAGCUGACCCUGGGCCAGGUCUGGGAUAUUGACCUGCAGAAGAACGAGAUGGUGGUGAAGGACGUUCUGCUGGUGGCCCAGGGAGAGAUGGCCCUGGAGGAGUUCCUUAAGCAGAUCCGCGAGGUGUGGAACUCGUACGAGCUGGACCUGGUCAACUACCAGAACAAGUGCCGUCUGAUCCGUGGCUGGGACGACCUCUUCAACAAGGUCAAGGAGCACAUCAACAGCGUGUCUGCCAUGAAGCUGUCGCCUUACUACAAGGUGUUUGAGGAGGACGCUCUGAGCUGGGAGGACAAGCUGAACCGAAUCAUGGCUUUGUUCGACGUGUGGAUCGACGUGCAGCGUCGCUGGGUCUACCUGGAGGGGAUCUUCACCGGCAGCGCCGACAUCAAACACCUGCUGCCUGUCGAGACCCAGAGGUUCUCGAGCAUCAGCACAGAGUUCCUGGCUCUGAUGAAGAAGGUGACCAAGUCUCCGCUGGUGAUGGACGUGUUGAACAUCCAGGGGGUUCAGAGGUCGCUGGAGAGGCUGGCCGACCUGCUGGGCAAGAUACAGAAGGCUUUGGGAGAGUACCUGGAGAGAGAGAGGUCAUCCUUCCCCAGGUUCUACUUCGUGGGAGACGAGGAUCUGUUAGAAAUCAUCGGCAACAGCAAGAACGUGCCCAAGCUUCAGAAGCACUUCAAGAAGAUGUUUGCCGGCGUCUCCUCCAUCCUGCUGAACGAGGACAACACUGUGGUUCUGGGGAUCUCAUCUCGUGAGGGCGAGGAGAUCCUGUACAAGACCCCAGUUUCCAUCACGGAACAUCCCAAGAUCAACGAGUGGCUGACCCUGGUGGAGAAGGAGAUGAGGGUGACGCUGGCCAAGCUGCUGGCAGAGUCCGUCACUGAGGUGACAGCCUUCAACAAGGGAACCAUUGACCUGGCAGCCUACAUCAACUGGAUUGAUCGCUACCAGGCUCAGCUGGUGGUGCUGUCGGCCCAGAUCGCCUGGUCUGAGAACGUGGAGGCUGCCUUGACCACCAUCUCCGGGGGCAGCGACAUGAGCCCCAUGCAGGAAGUGCAGAGCAACGUGGAGGCGACCCUGAACGUGCUGGCCGACACGGUGCUGAUGGAGCAGCCUCCCCUCCGCAGGAGGAAGCUGGAGCACCUGAUCACAGAGCUGGUGCACCAGAGGGAUGUGACCCGGGCGCUGAUCAAGAACAAUAUCGACCAGCCCAAGUCCUUUGAGUGGCUCAGCCAGAUGCGCUUCUACUUCGACCCCAAGCAGACCGACGUCCUGCAGCAGCUUUCCAUCCAGAUGGCCAACGCCAAGUUCAACUACGGCUUUGAGUACCUGGGGGUGCAGGACAAGCUGGUCCAGACCCCCCUGACUGACCGCUGUUACCUGACCAUGACCCAGGCCCUGGAGGCUCGUCUCGGGGGCUCCCCCUUCGGGCCGGCUGGUACUGGGAAGACCGAGUCUGUGAAGGCAUUGGGCCACCAGCUGGGUCGCUUUGUCCUGGUCUUCAACUGUGAUGAGACCUUUGACUUCCAGGCGAUGGGUCGUAUCUUCGUGGGGUUGUGCCAGGUGGGUGCCUGGGGCUGCUUUGACGAGUUCAACCGUCUGGAGGAGCGGAUGCUGUCGGCCGUGUCCCAGCAGGUCCAGUACAUCCAGGUGGCCUUGAGAGAGCACAGCAACGUCAACAGAGACCGAAGUGCACCCAUCACCUGUGAGCUGCUGAACAAGCAGGUGAAGGUGAGUCCAGACAUGGCCAUCUUCAUCACCAUGAACCCUGGCUACGCCGGACGCUCCAACCUGCCCGACAACUUGAAGAAGCUCUUCAGGAGUCUGGCCAUGACCAAGCCUGACCGCCAGCUCAUCGCCCAGGUCAUGCUCUACUCCCAGGGCUUCCGCACCGCUGAGAUACUCGCCAAAAAGAUAGUGCCCUUCUUCAAGCUGUGUGACGAGCAGCUGUCGUCUCAGAGCCACUACGACUUUGGCUUGCGAGCCCUGAAGAGCGUGCUUGUGAGCGCAGGCAACGUGAAGCGCGAGCGCAUCCAGAAGAUCAAAAGGGAGAAGCGCGAGCGGGGGGAGAAUGUCGAUGAAAACGAGAUUGCAGAGAACCUGCCGGAACAGGAGAUCCUGAUCCAGAGUGUAUGUGAGACCAUGGUGCCCAAGCUGGUGGCGGAGGACAUCCCCCUGCUGUUCUCGCUGCUGUCGGACGUGUUCCCCGGGGUGCAGUACAUGCGUGGGGAGAUGACGGCGCUGAGGGAGGAGCUGAAGAAGGUGUGCGCUGAGAUGUACAUGACCUACGGAGACGGGGACGACGUGGGCAGCAUGUGGGUGGAGAAGGUGCUGCAGUUGUACCAGAUCACUCAGAUCAACCACGGUCUGAUGAUGGUGGGCCCGUCUGGAAGUGGGAAGACCAUGGCCUGGCGUGUGCUGCUUAAGGCCCUGGAGAGGCUGGAGGGGCUGGAGGGGGUCGCUCAUAUCAUCGACCCCAAAGCCAUCAGCAAGGACCACCUGUAUGGAACCCUGGACCCCAACACUCGCGAGUGGACCGAUGGCCUCUUCACACACAUCCUCAGGAAGAUCAUUGACAACGUGCGUGGCGAGCUGCAGAAGCGUCAGUGGAUCAUCUUCGACGGAGACGUGGAUCCUGAAUGGGUGGAGAACCUCAACUCUGUCCUGGACGACAACAAGUUGCUCACCCUUCCCAACGGAGAGCGCCUCAGCCUGCCGCCUAACGUGCGUGUCAUGUUCGAGGUGCAGGACCUGAAGUACGCCACCCUGGCCACCGUGUCACGUUGCGGCAUGGUCUGGUUCAGCGAGGACGUCCUCAGCACCGACAUGGUCUUCAACCACUUCCUGGCUCGCCUUCGCAGCAUCCCAUUGGACGAGGGAGAGGAUGAGGCCGGCCGCAUGAGGAAGGGGACGGAGGACGAGGGAGACGAGGCCGCCUCCCCCAUGCUGCAGAUCCAACGGGACUCGGCAGCCAUCUUGCAGCCCUACUUCACCUCCACCGGCCUGGUCAUCAAGGCCCUGGAGCACGCCUCCAAGAUGGAGCACAUCAUGGACUUCACGCGGCUGCGCUGCAUGGGCUCGCUGUUCUCCAUGCUGCACCAGGCCUGCAGGAACGUGGCCCUCUACAACAACAACCACCCCGAUUUCCCCAUGCCCAUAGACCAGCUGGAGAGAUACAUGCAGAGGUAUCUCAUCUACGCCGUGCUCUGGUCCUUCUCUGGCGAUGGACGUCUGAAAAUGAGGGCGGAGCUUGGCGAAUACAUCCGACGCAUCACCACCGUGCCUCUCCCUUCUGCACCCAACGUGCCAAUCAUAGACUAUGAGGUGUGCAUCUCUGGCGAGUGGCAGUCCUGGCAGGGCAAGGUGCCCCAGAUUGAGGUGGAGACUCACAAGGUGGCGUCCCCCGACGUGGUGGUGCCCACGCUGGACACGGUUCGCCACGAGGCCCUGCUCUACACCUGGCUGGCCGAGCACAAGCCCCUGGUGCUGUGUGGACCUCCCGGCUCCGGCAAGACCAUGACCCUCUUCAGUGCUCUCCGAGCCCUGCCUGAUAUGGAGGUGGUGGGUCUGAACUUCUCCAGCGCCACCACCCCGGAGCUGCUGCUGAAGACUUUUGACCACUACUGUGAGUACCGCCGCACGCCCAACGGGGUGGUGCUGGCCCCCGUCCAGCUGGGCAAGUGGCUGGUGCUGUUCUGCGACGAGAUCAACCUGCCCGACAUGGACAAGUACGGAACCCAAAGGGUCAUCUCCUUCCUGCGACAGAUGGUGGAGCAUGGUGGGUUCUACCGGACCUCAGACCAGACCUGGGUGAAACUGGAGAGGAUCCAGUUUGUUGGAGCUUGUAACCCCCCUACUGACCCAGGCAGAAAGCCCCUCACACACAGGUUCUUGCGCCACGUUCCGGUGGUGUAUGUGGACUACCCCGGCCCCGCCUCCCUCACCCAGAUCUACGGAACGUUCAACCGCGCCAUGCUUCGCCUCAUCCCGUCACUCCGCACCUAUGCCGAGCCCCUCACCGCUGCCAUGGUGGAGUUCUACACCAUGUCUCAGGAGCGUUUCACCCAGGACACCCAGCCCCACUACAUCUACUCCCCCAGAGAGAUGACCCGCUGGGUCAGGGGCAUCUUUGAGGCCCUGCGGCCCCUGGAGACGCUGCCUGUGGAGGGCCUGAUCCGCAUCUGGGCCCACGAGGCCCUCCGACUGUUCCAGGACAGACUGGUGGAGGACGAGGAGAGGAGAUGGACUGACGAGAACAUCGACAUGGUGGCUCUCAAACACUUCCCCAACAUCGACAAGGAGAAGGGGCUCAACAGACCCAUCCUCUACAGCAACUGGCUGUCUAAGGAUUACAUCCCAGUGGAGCAGGAGGAGCUGAGGGACUAUGUGAAGGCCAGGCUGAAGGUCUUCUACGAGGAGGAGCUGGACGUUCCUCUGGUGCUCUUCAACGAGGUGCUGGAUCACGUCCUGAGGAUCGACAGGAUCUUCCGUCAGCCCCAGGGUCACCUGCUGCUGAUCGGGGUGAGCGGUGCGGGCAAGACCACCCUGUCCCGCUUCGUGGCCUGGAUGAACGGCCUCAGCGUCUACCAGAUCAAGGUGCACAGGAAGUACACAGGCGAGGACUUUGACGAGGACCUGCGUACAGUGCUGCGUCGCUCUGGCUGUAAGAACGAGAAGAUCGCCUUCAUCAUGGACGAGUCCAACGUGCUGGAUUCGGGCUUCCUGGAGCGCAUGAACACACUGCUGGCCAACGGAGAGGUGCCAGGGCUGUUUGAGGGCGAUGAGUAUGCCACCCUGAUGACCCAGUGCAAGGAGGGGGCCCAGAAGGAGGGUCUGAUGCUGGACACCCACGAGGAGCUCUACAAGUGGUUCACCAGUCAGGUCAUCAGGAACCUGCACGUGGUGUUCACCAUGAAUCCCUCCUCAGAGGGCCUCAAGGACCGCGCCGCCACCUCCCCUGCCCUGUUCAACAGGUGUGUGUUGAACUGGUUCGGUGACUGGUCCACGGAGGCCCUGUACCAGGUGGGGAAGGAGUUCACCAGCAAGAUGGACCUGGAGAAGCCCAACUACAAGGUGCCAGACUACAUGCCCAUCGUGUACGACAAGCUGCCUCAGCCGCCCACUCACCGCGAGGCCAUCGUCAACGGCUGCGUGUUCGUCCACCAGACGCUGCACCAGGCUAACAACCGCCUGGCGAAGCGCGGCGGGCGCACCAUGGCCAUCACGCCCCGCCACUACCUGGACUUCAUCAACCACUACGCCAACCUGUUCAACGAGAAGCGCAGCGAGCUGGAGGAGCAGCAGAUGCACCUGAACGUCGGCCUGCGCAAGAUCAAGGAGACGGUGGACCAGGUGGAGGAGCUACGUCGUGACCUGCGAAUAAAGAGUCAGGAGCUGGAGGUGAAGAACGCGGCAGCCAAUGACAAGCUGAAGAAGAUGGUCAAAGACCAGCAGGAAGCAGAGAAGAAGAAGGUGAUGAGUCAGGAGAUCCAGGAAUCGGUGUACAAGCAACAGGAAAAGAUCAAAGACAAACAGCUGAGUGUAAAAGAGGACCUGGACCAGGUGGAGCCUGCUGUCAUAGAGGCCCAGAACGCUGUGAAGUCCAUUAAGAAGCAGCACCUGGUGGAGGUGCGCUCCAUGGCCAACCCCCCCGGGGCAGUGAAGCUGGCUCUGGAGAGCAUCUGCCUGCUACUGGGGGAGAGCACCACGGACUGGAAGCAGAUCCGCUCCAUCAUCAUGAGGGAGAACUUUAUCCCCACCAUCGUCAACUUCUCAGCCGAUGAGAUCAGUGACUCCAUCCGAGAGAAGAUGAAGAAGAACUACAUGUCCAACCCCAGCUACAACUACGAGCAGGUCAACCGCGCCUCCCUGGCCUGUGGACCCAUGGUCAAAUGGGCCAUCGCCCAGCUGAACUAUGCUGACAUGCUGAAGCGCGUGGAGCCCCUGCGGAACGAGCUGCAGAAGCUGGAGGACGACGCCAAGGACAACAAGUCGAAGGCCGAGGAGGUGGAGCAGAUGAUCAGAGACCUGGAAGCUUCCAUCGCCCGCUACAAGGAGGAGUACGCCGUCCUCAUCUCCGAGGCCCAGGCCAUCAAGGCUGACCUGGCCGCCGUGGAGGCCAAGGUGAACCGCAGCACGGCCCUGCUGAAGAGUCUGUCAGCGGAGAGAGAGCGCUGGGAGAAGACCAGCGAGACCUUCAAGAACCAGAUGUCCACCAUCGCUGGAGACUGCCUGCUCUCCGCUGCCUUCAUCGCCUACGCCGGCUACUUUGAGCAGCAGAUGAGACAGAACCUGUUCACCACCUGGUCCCACCACUUACAGCAGGCUAACGUACAGUUCCGUACAGACAUCGCCAGGACGGAGUAUCUGUCCAACGCGGACGAGCGUCUCCGCUGGCAGGCCAGCUCCCUGCCCGCCGACGACCUGUGCACGGAGAACGCCAUCAUGCUGAAGAGGUUCAACAGGUACCCUCUGAUCAUUGACCCGUCAGGCCAGGCCACUGAGUUCAUCAUGAACGAGUACAAGGACAGGAAGAUCACCCGGACCAGCUUCCUGGACGAUGCCUUCCGCAAGAACCUGGAGAGUGCCCUGCGAUUUGGAAACCCCCUGCUGGUUCAGGACGUGGAGAGCUACGACCCUAUCCUCAACCCCGUCCUCAACAGAGAGGUGCGCAGGACCGGAGGGCGUGUCCUCAUCACCCUCGGCGACCAGGACAUCGACCUUUCACCUUCCUUUGUCAUCUUCCUGUCCACCCGAGAUCCCACGGUGGAGUUCCCUCCAGACUUGUGUUCUCGCGUGACGUUCGUCAACUUCACGGUGACGCGCUCCAGUCUGCAGAGCCAGUGUCUCAACGAGGUGCUGAAGGCCGAGAGGCCGGACGUGGACGAGAAGCGCUCAGACCUGCUCAAGCUGCAGGGUGAAUUCCAACUGCGUCUGCGCCAGCUGGAGAAAUCCCUCCUGCAGGCCCUCAACGAGGUCAAGGGUCGCAUCCUUGACGACGACACCAUCAUCACCACCCUGGAGAACCUGAAGAAGGAGGCGGCCGAGGUGACCAGGAAGGUGGAGGAGACGGACAUUGUCAUGGCCGAGGUGGAGGCUGUGUCUCAGCAGUACAUUCCCCUGGCCAGUGCCUGCAGCAGCAUCUACUUCACCAUGGAGUCCCUCAACCAGAUGCACUUCCUGUACCAGUACUCUCUCCACUUCUUCCUGGACAGCUACCACACGGUGCUGUACGAGAACAGCAACUUGAAGGGCCUCACCGACCACACCCAGCGCCUGGAUAUCGUCACCAAGGACCUCUUCCAGGUGGCCUUUAACAGGGUGGCUCGAGGCAUGCUGCAUCAGGACCACAUCACCUUCGCUAUGCUGCUGGCUAGGAUCAACCUCAAGGGCGUUCCCAGCGAGCCUCCGUAUGAUGCCGAGUUCCAGCACUACCUGCGUGGGAAGGAGAUCGUGCUGACGGGGACGGCGGUGCCCAAGGUGAAGGGGCUGACCUCGGAGCAGAGCGAGGGCAUGAUCCGCCUCAGCCGCCUGGCCGCCUUCAAAGACCUGGUGGACAAGGUGGAGGCUGACGAGCAAUUCUUCAUGUGGAUCGAGAGCAACUCCCCAGAGCUGUCUGUUCCUUACCUGUGGGCUGAGGAGAAGCAGGCCACUACCAUUGGCCAGGCGGUCCACCAGCUGCUGCUGAUCCAGGCCUUCCGUCCCGACCGCCUGCUCGCCAUGUCGCACAUCUUUGUCUCCAAGGUGCUGGGGGAGACCUUCAUGGCCAUCAUCGAGCAGCCGCUGGACCUGGCCAACAUUGUGGACAACGAGGUGAAGCCCAGCACCCCAGUUCUGAUGUGCUCCGUUCCUGGAUACGAUGCCAGCGGCCUGGUCAGAGACCUGGCUGCCGAGCAGAGCAAACACAUCACCUCUAUCUCCAUCGGUUCUGCUGAGGGCUUCAACAAAGCUGACCGAGACAUCAACACUGCAGUCAAGUCUGGCAGGUGGGUCAUGUUGGAGAACGUCCACCUGGCUCCUGGCUGGCUGAUGCAGCUGGAGAAGAAGCUGCACUCCAUGCAGCCUCACGCCUGCUUCCGCCUCUUCCUCACCAUGGAGAUCAACCCCAAGGUACCAGUCAACUUGCUGAGGGCUGGUCGUAUCUUCGUGUUCGAACCUCCUCCAGGCGUCAAGGCCAACAUGCUCCGAACCUUCAGCAGCAUCCCCGUGGCCCGCAUGUGCAAGGCUCCCAACGAGCGUGCCCGGCUCUACUUCCUGCUGGCCUGGUUCCACGCCGUAAUCCAGGAGCGUCUCCGCUACGCCCCACUGGGCUGGUCCAAGAAGUACGAGUUUGGAGAGUCCGACCUGCGCUCCGCCUGCGACACGGUCGACACCUGGCUGGACGACACCGCUAAGGGCCGUCAGAACAUCUCCCCUGACAAGAUCCCCUGGGCAGCCCUGAAGACCCUGAUGGCCCAGUCCAUCUACGGCGGCCGCAUCGACAACGAGUUCGACCAGCGGCUGCUCAACACCUUCCUGGACCGCAUCUUCACCACUAGGAGCUUUGACAGCGAGUUCAAACUAGCCUUCAAGGUGGACGGACACAAGGACAUCAAAAUGCCCGAGGGAAUACGGAGGGAGGAGUUCAUGCACUGGGUGGAGAUGCUUCCCGACACCCAGACGCCAUCUUGGCUAGGGUUGCCUAGCAACGCGGAGAAGGUCCUGCUCACCACUCAGGGCACGGACAUGAUGGGUAAGAUGCUGAAAAUGCAGAUGUUGGAGGAUGAGGACGACCUGGCCUACGAGACUGAGAAGAAGCAGAGGACCGCCUCGUCCUCGGACACCCAGCCGGCCUGGAUGAGGACCAUCCGCACCACCUCCAGCAACUGGCUGCAGCUCAUCCCCGAGGCGGUCAACCCGCUCAAGCGCACUGUCGACAACAUCAAGGACCCUCUGUUCCGCUUCUUCGAGCGCGAGGUGAAGAUGGGCGGCCGCAUGCUGCAGGAGGUGAGGCAGGACCUGACCGACGUGGUGCACGUCUGUGAGGGCAAGAAGAAGCAGACCAACGACCUACGCACGCUCAUCAAUGACCUGGUCAAAGGCAUCCUGCCUCGUGGCUGGUGCCGCUACACAGUGCCAGCCUCCCUGACUGUGAUCCAGUGGGUAGCUGACUUCAGUGAGAGGAUCAAGCAGCUACAGCAGAUCUCCCAGGGAGCCGCCAGCGGGGGUGCAAAGGAGCUCAAGAACAUCCAUGUGUGCCUGGGCAGCCUGUUUGUGCCUGAGGCCUACAUCACAGCCACCCGUCAGUACGUGGCCCAGGCCAACAGCUGGUCCCUGGAGGAGCUCUGUCUGGAGGUCAACGUCACCACUGCCCAGGGAGCCGCUCUCGAUGCCUGCAGCUUCGGCAUCAAAGGUCUGAAGCUGCAGGGGGCCACCUGCGCCAACAACAAGCUGUCCCUGUCCACCACCAUCUCCACAGAGCUGCCCCUCACACAGCUGCGCUGGAUCAAACAGUGCAGCACUGAGAAGAGACACAUGGUGACUUUGCCAGUGUACCUGAACUUCACCAGAGCGGACCUUAUUUUCACUGUAGACUUUGACAUCGCCACCAAGGAGGACCCUCACAACUUCUACGAGCGCGGGGUGGCUGUCCUCUGCAAUGAGUAGACAUAACACACCCCAGAAUACAGUGGAGAAACCAUAUUAACUCUAUAAUCUCCUCUGUUGAUCAUUAGUAACCUGUUCUGUGUAGUCAAGUCCAUUUAGAACGUACUCUGUCAUGUGGUCUAAUCUAAAACAUGACAUAAUCCGAGUCGUAGUUUAGUGGUCAUUUAACUGGAAGUUUUGCAUGUAUCCAUUGAUGGUGUUGUAGGAAGUUUUCUGGAAGGUCUGAGAAUGUGGUCAGGUGGUCUGUGAAUGGAAAGGAGGAUGGGUUUGAUAAAGGAAGGUAGAAGUGUUUUUUAGGAAGGAAUUUGUAUGUUUUUAUGAAGGAAAAUAACAUAUGUAUCAAGUUAAUAACAUGGAAAAUAAAAUGCACCAAUGACUCAUACA